GCUCGUCUUACCUUUAUAUAACCCUGCUGAUACAGAUAAGUGAAUACCAGUGUAUGUGUAAGGAGUGAGCUGAUAGUAUCCUGGACACUAGGACACAUCAGUCCGCUGAUUGACCAAUCAAAAGGCAGGAUGACUAACCAAUCAGGAAAGGAGAUGAGUGACUACCAGGAGCAGGGCCUGCUACACGAGAUGUUUUCCCGUCAGGCUGAGGCCACACCCUCACAGGUGGCGCUGGUGGAGGCAGACGGCGAUCACAUGACCUUCAGAGAACUUGAGGAUCUCACCAACAUCCUAGCCAGCUACCUAAGUAGGCAGGGUGUGACCACAGACAAAUGUGUUGGGAUCUAUCUCAACAAGAGCAUCAACUUCUCUCUGUCCUACAUAUCUAUCCUCAAGGCAGGAGGAGCCUACCUGCCCCUGGACAUAGCCUACCCUCAGCCCCUCCUACAGUCCAUACUUAAGGAUGCAGAGCCUGUUGUUAUCAUUACUUCUCCAGAUCUGGUCUCAGCUCUUCCAGACAGAAAGAAUGUCCUAGUAUUGAAAGAGGGGUGGUCAAAGGAACUGGACGUCCAGAAGCAGACUGACCAGACGACUGAUAAGUCAACUUCAACCACACUGGACAGUCUGGCUUAUAUUGUGUAUUCUUCAGGAACAACAGGAAAACCUAAAGGCAUAAUGUGUCCACACAGGGGGUCAGUUUUCUCCUACCACUGGCGCCACCUGGCAUUCCCCUAUGGCCCUGAGGACAGAGAGGCUUGCAACAUUUUUUUCACCUGGGAAAUGUUACGGCCUCUACUGAAAGGCAUCCCAAUGUACAUCAUCCCAAACACAGUCAUCUAUGAUCCGCCGUUGCUGUGUGACUUCCUACAAGAACACAAGAUCACACGUAUGCUGUUCACACCAUCCCUACUGGAGGCUGUUCUCAACACCCCAGGACUUGACCUGAAAACAAAGCUUAAGAGUAUGAAGCAGAUCUUUUUCUGUGGGGAGGUGGUCACCACAGCUCUCUUUGAACGUUGUCUGAAGCUGUUGCCAUGGAUACAGUUCCUGAAUCUAUACAGUGUAUCAGAGUGUCAUGAUGUAGCCUGUGAAGAUCUUGGGAAAUAUUUUCAAACAAACCAGGGAGCUUUAAACUCCAGAAAGUUUUGUCCAGUAGGCCGAAUACUGCCUGGGGUUGAAGUAGUCAUUCUUGAUGACCAGUACACUCCACAGCCAGUAGGAAGCUCAGGGGAGAUCUAUGUGGGAGGUCCAACUCUAGCCAGAGGAUAUCUAAACCGGCCGGAGCAGCAGGCAGUUCGAUUUAUUCAACGUCCUGGGGCAGUGCCCAAGGGCAUGGGUGAUAAGUUGUACCGUACCGGGGACUGGGGGUACAUGCUGUCUAACGGUAGUCUGGAGAUCUGUGGGCGGUGUGACUCAAUGGUCAAAAUCAGGGGCUACUCUAUAGAGGUACAGGCAGUGGAGACAGCCAUAUUGGAGUUGACUGUGGUGACUGCCUGUGUCAUACUGGUAGAAGGAGAUGAGGGAGAAAACAAGUUUCUGGUUGCGUAUGUUGUUACAGAGGGUCAGACAUCAAAGAAAGCGCUACGUGCCGCCCUCAAACUAAGUCUCCCUUUCUACAUGAUUCCUUCGUACUUUGUCAUCGUACCAAGUCUCCCAAUAGUUGAAACAACAGGAAAAUUGGACAAGAAGGCUCUACCUCCAUUUGACAAGGAAAGCGAGAGUGACAUUGACAAAGAGGCUCAACCAUCUACAGAGACUGAAAAAGAGGUGGCUCAGAUGUGGAAACAGGUUCUACAAAUCAAGGAUGUGGACAUACAGGAAAGCUUCUUUGACCAAGGAGGCCACUCCCUACUGGCCACACAGUUACUAGGCAACCUACGAGACAAGUACCAGGUGAACAUCACUGUCCGCGACCUCUUCAUUCACCCCACCAUAGCCAGCAUCUGUCAGUUGAUUGAGGCAAAGAAGGAAAAUUCUGAGGUGGAUAUCAUCGUUCCAAAAGUGACCUUUGACCUUAAAGCUGAAGUGGCUCGUCAUGAUAUGGCUAAGGUUGAUAUUGACAUGAAUCUGAGAGCAUUCUGGAGAAGUUUUAACCUACUUAAUGAGAGCAAGUUCAAGAAAGCCAGGGUCCUUCUGACGGGAACAACAGGUUUCCUUGGUGCCUUCCUCCUCAGAGAGUUACUUCUCACAACCCAGAGUACAGUUUACUGUGUGGUGAGGGAGCUCCCUGACAAGAGUCCCACUGAACGGGUGGAAGCAACAUUGAAACAGUUCGGAAUUUUGGCUGGUUCAGACACCCCAACAGAGGAGCAGGCAUUUCUAGCAAAGCAGUUCAGUUCACAUGUUCAUGCCAUGAAGGGAGAUGUGGCUUUGGUCAAGCUUGGCAUGAAUGAGGAUGACUACACAUAUCUGUGUACAGAGAUUGAUUACAUCAUACACGCUGCAGCAUAUGUCAACCUUGUGUACCCUUAUAGUGCUCUACAGGGUGCUAACGUUAAUGGAACAGCUAACAUGGUGUUGUUUGCCUGCACAGGGAAAAUUAAACCAUUCCACUAUGUCAGUACUGAUGCUGUGUUUCCUAAUGGCCGACUAGACUGUGGAGAAAAUGAUGACAUCACACCGCUUGCGGACCAGCUGACAGACGGCUACUCACAGUCAAAGUGGGUGGCAGAACAACUGAUAUCUAGGGCUGAUCAGAGAGGGAUCCCUGUGGUCAUCUACAGGUUAGGCAACAUGUCAGGUGACAUGACAAAGGCAUACUGGAAUCCCCAGGAUCUAACCCUGCUGAUGCUCCAGGCCAUCACCAGGCUGGGCGUGGCACCAGAUGUUGAGUGGCUGGUGGAGAUGACACCUGUUGACUUUGCAGCAGAGUUCCUCAUCAAAAUGGCACACAACUUAUCAACUGCUUUUGGGAAGGUCUACCAUGUACUCAACUCCAAACCUAUACACUGCAGGUGGCUGUAUAAGUGGAUGAAUGCCAAUGGUUUCUCUGUGGAGGUUGUCAAGUUCACUGAAUGGAGAAAAAGGGUUCUACAAGGCACAGAGCUUGAUGGCGUGACAGAUCUACAGCGACUAUUGGAUACUUACAUCAGGGAUGAAAGUUUCUUCAGCAAGCUGAGUACCUAUCGUACAGACAAUCUAGAUCAGGCUUUGUCACAGCUAAAUAUCAAAUACCCAGCAACUGAUGGGGACCUUCUCAAAACCUACUUCUCACAGCUUAGCCAGCGAGGGAUCAUCUCAGCAGGAAAGGGAACAGUAAAGAAAGACCCAGGACCACUUGAUGGUAAAGUUGCCAUAGUAACAGGGGCCUCCAGUGGUAUUGGCAAGGCCAUCGCUAAGGCUCUAGCAGGAGCAGGGGCAAAGGUCUCCAUGGCAGCACGGCGGGUUGACCGGUUACAGGAAGUGGAGAACAACAUCAGGGCAAAUGGUGGAGUUGGCAUCUGUGUUCAAACUGAUGUGACCAAAAGGGAUGAGGUGAAACAGUUAGUCAGUCAAACAGAGUCCAUCCUUGGUCCAGUCGACAUCCUGGUCAAUAAUGCCGGCACCAUGUACUACACCAUGAUGAAGAACCUUCACGAGGACGAGUGGGAUAGACAGAUAGAUGUCAAUAUCAAGGGUUUAACUAAUGGCAUCGGGGCUGUCCUGGACGGGAUGUUGGAGCGCAAGUCGGGACACAUUGUCAACAUGUCCUCAGAUGCCGGGAAAAAGGGAUUUCCUGGUCUUGCUGUGUACUCAGGAACAAAGUUCUAUGUAGAGGGGUUGUCCCAGGCCCUGCGACAGGAAGUGUGUAAGUCAGGGUUGCGUGUGACCUGUAUACAGCCUGGUGAUGUCGCUACAGAACUCCUGGUACACAACACUGACCCAGAGGCUAAGGAAGCCUAUGAUGGCAGCCAGUUGUGUCGCAUCCUGGAUGCGGAGGAUGUGGCGCGUGCUGUUCUGUAUGCUGUCACACAGCCACCACAUGUGGGGAUCAAUGAGAUCUUGAUUGAGCCCCGCGAGGCUCCAGUGUGACCACACAUGGACCGAAAUUCAGUCAGUGUCGGUGGUGAUAGUUGUGUUUGAACAUUUGUGAUUUUGCAUUAAGGGUAUUUUCUCAACAGUGCAGUGGAAAUUUAAGGUACAAAAUGGAACCAAGUGUUUAGGAUUU